GUGAGGCAUACAUAGCUACAUGCUGUUCCCAAAAACUUGUCAAACAGCUUUUCAUUUAUUUAUUAGAUUAAAAGAAUAGUGUUGCAUGCAAAGCUCACAACUGUCUUGUAGCAUAAAAAUGGUGCUUGAUAAUUAGUUCAGCAAUGUAUUGGGAUUAGGAUUGAUUGUAAAAACUAAUGUAGCAGAUUCAUGUUUGUUCAGUAGUCCCCGAAGACGUCAUUAUUCAUUUACUCCUUAGCGAUGAAUGGGUUAAGGCAAUGUGGUUAACAAAGCUGCAUCUGAUCUAAGUUUCUUCUGACUCUGCUUCCUGUUUCUGUUGAAAUGAAAUAGAAUUACUUUGAAGAAGUUUUGCUUUCAAAGCUAAGUGGAUACAAUUGAACCCAGCAAUACUGUCUCCAGAGAGAAAAGCUAUGUUGAUCUGAACACAACUUAAUGCAACAAAAAUGUAUCUGUCAGCCUGUGUUACAUUCAUUCUGAUUGGAACUGCACUUGGAAAGAAUAACCUCAAUCCAGGAAUACAAAGCAAAAUUAUGCAGAAAGGUUUAGAAUAUGGCAGGCAACUUGCCGUCAAGAUUGCUGAGGAGAAGAUUGAAGAGUUCGAUCUACCAGAAAUAAGUGGGAAAGAACCUGUGCUUGGCUGGCUGAAAUACCGUAUUGAUGGGAUGAGGAUUAACAGUUUUGGGCUGCCUACUUCAAGUAUUGGAUUAAUCCCCAACAUUGGUGUCAAGUUUUCGAUUGGAAAAGCCCACAUUAGCAUUAGUGGAAACUGGCAUGUGAAAUCCGGAUUGAUACACGAUGGAGGAACCUUUGAUCUGAAUAUCAAUGAUCUUUGGGCUGUAUUUUCUGUUGGUGUUACAUUGAGCAGUUCUCACCCAAUGAUAACCGACAAUGACUGUAAUGCAAGAUUAGAAAACUUUGACCUUAAUCUCCAUGGAGGUGGCAGUUGGUUUUACAAGAUGUUCCUCGGUAAAGUGAAAGACCUAAUUCGAAAUAUUGUUCCCCAGAAGCUGUGCUCUGAAUUUAGAAAUGCUGUUGGAACAGUGGAAACCUUCAUCCAGACAAAGAAAGUUUCAUGGCAAUUGGACAAGUAUGUAGAAUUUGAUUAUUCUUUGGUUGGAGCACCGGAGAUCACGACUGAUUUCAUUGAGUUUCCCAUUAAGGGUGAAUUGUAUGAUGUUCAACACCAUACCGAAGCUCCAUUUACCGCACAAUUGUUUAACCUUACAAGCACAACAGACCAAAUGUUAAUGGUUGGGCUGUCAGAGUACACUGUGAACACAGGAGGCUUUGCGUAUUUUGUAGCAGGAGCUCUGCAGUUCAACAUCACAGAUGACAUGAUUCCAAAGGAUUUGCCAUUUCACCUAAACACGUCCAGCAUCAGCAUUCUGUUACCCAAGGUUGCAAAGAAGUACCCCAACCUACUGAUGAAGAUUGUGAUGGGUGCCUCAAAACAACCAGUUGUGAAGUUUGUUCCAGGAAAAUUCACUUCCAAUAUCUUUACUACAGCUGAAGUAUUUGUAAUCCUCCCAAACAACUCCUUAGCAGAACUAUUCCUGUUGGGUGUUACGGCCAGUGUGUGUGGGAAAGUGUAUAUUUCACAGGGAAGAGUGCAUGGUUCAGUGUCUCUGAGCAGUGUGGACCUAGUGCUGGAAGAAACUAAAGUGGGAAUCAUUCCAACACAGACAUUUGAAGCAACUCUGAAACUGGGCUUACAGAAGGUUGUGAUUCCGAGGAUAAAUGCAAAAUUGAAGAAAGGGUUCCCCAUACCAAAAACAGAGAAGAUAUCGUUGAUUAAUCCAGUCCUUGCAAUUGAGCAGGGUUUAAUACUCAUCACAUCCGAUAUACAGUAUGGAAACUGAAAACUAACUUACCUCAGUGUAUCUGCUAAAACUUAAUUAAAUUGCUCUGCAGAUACCGCAAUAACACUCAGUAGCUGCUUUGUAAGGUUCAGGAGUGGAACCUGCUAUGGUCUGUGGCCGCUGUAGCAUAACCACUUCAAGAUUCAAUGUGUUGUACAUUCAGUGAUGCUCUUCUGCCCACGACUGUUGUGACACGGGGUUACUUGACUUACUGUUGCCCUCCUGUCAGCUUGAACCAAUCUGGCCAUUCUCCUCCGACUUCUCUCAUUAACAAGGCCUUUUUGCCCACAAAACUGCUGCUGAUAGGAUGUUUUUUUUUUGUUUUUUGCAAUAUUCUCUGUAAACCCUAGAAACUGUUGUACAUGUGAUUCCUAUGAAAUCAAAUUUCUCAGAUACUCAAACCACCUUGACUGCACCGACAAUCAUUGCAUGGUCAAAGUCUCUUAGAUCACAUUCUGAUGUUAGAUCUGAACAACAAAUGAACCUCUUGACCAUGUAAGCAUGCUUUUAUACAUGGAUUUGUUGCCACAUGAUUGGCUGAUUAGAUAUUUGCAUUAACUCGGUAGAACAGAGGGAGCUGGGAACACAGAUCCAUAAUUCCUUGAAAGUACAGUCACAUGUAGAUUAGGUCAUAAAGAAAGCUUUGUCACAAUGGCCUUCAUAAAUCAAAGUAUUGGCUACAGGAGUUGACAUGCUAUUUGAAGUUGUAUAAGAUGUUGUUGAGGCCUAAUUUGGAGGAGGGGGUGCAAUUUUGAUCACCUAUCUAUAGGAAAGAUGACAAUAAGAUUGAAAGAGUGCAGAGAAAAUUUACAAGGAUGAUGCUGCGACUUGAUGACCUGAGUUAAAGGGAAAGGUUGAAUAGGUUAGAACUUUAUAGCCUAGAGGGAUGAGGGGAGAUUUGAUAGAGGGAGAUCUGGGAUACAAAAUUGUAAGGGGUAUAGAGAAUGCAAGUAGGCUUUUUUCCACUGUGGUUCAAAGAUACAAGAACUAGAGGUCAUGGGUUAGGGGUGAAAGGUGAAAUAUUUAAGGGGAACUUCUUCACUCAAUGCAUUCAUUUGAGAGGACUAGAAUGUAAAAGUAAAAAUGUAAUGCUGAGACUUUAUAAGGCAUUAGUCAGACCACAUUUAGAUUUUUGAGUGCAGUUUUGGGCCCGUCUCUAAGAAAGGAUGUACUAGCAUUGGAGAGUAUCCAGAUGAGGUUUACAAGAAUGAUCCUGGGAGUUAAAGGGUUAAUAUAGGAAGCACUUGCUGACUUUGUGCAUAUAUAAGGAAAGUUGAAUAAUGGAGGUGGGGGGGAUCUCAUUAAAACUUACUGAAUACUGAAAGGGGUAGAUAAAGUGGACCUAGACAGGAUGUUUUCAGAAGCAGGAGAGUUUAGGAUCAGAUAGAUGACAAAGCCUCAGAAUACAAGGACAUUGCAUUAGAACAGAGAGGAGCAGGAAUUUAUUUAGCCGAAGGGUGGUGAAACUGUGGAAUUCAUUGACAAAGACGUAGUGGAGGCCAAGCCACAGGGUAUAUUUAAAGCGGAGGUUGAUAGGUUCUAAUUAGUAAGGAUUUCAAAGGUUACAGAGAGAAGACAGGAGAAUAGGGUUGAGAGGCACAAUAAAUCAGCUAUGACUGAAUGGCAGAGCAGAGUCAAUGGACUGACUAGCCUAAUUCUGCUCCCAGCAACAAACACAAAAUGCUGGAGGAACUCAGCAGGCCAGGCAGCAUCUAUGGAAAAGAGUGUAGUCAACGUUUUGGGCCAAAGCCCUUCAGCAGUACUGGACCUGAGGAGAUCACAGGGAAAGAUUGAAUAGGUUGAAAACUGGAGAAUGAGAGGAGCAUGGCAGUGUAAUAGUUAGUGCAAUAGCUUUAAAGCACUGGCUGUAAGAUUCCUCCCACUGUCUGUAAGGAGGUUUGGCCCAACAACCGCAUCUAUUUCCUCAGGGAUGCAAAGCCAUCUGGCUAGGGUUAGAAAGUGGUGGGCAUGCUAUGUUGGAGCCAGGAGUGUGGCUGAUGCACCAUCAAUAACUCACUCUGAGAUGUAAAGGUGAGAUAUCGGCUUUUAUUGACUGGAAGAAGGAACAAGCAGUGAGUGACGGCCAUACUACACCCUGGAGACUGAGAGGCCGGGCUCAGGCCUCGAUCACCUUUAUACAGGGGUCUGUGGGAGGAGCCACAGGAGCAGUCAGCAGGGGGCGUGUCCAGACAGGUAUAUGUAGUUCACCACAAUGGCAACAGUUAGGAGUUGCUCUGCACAAUCCUCACAGAUUUGAUUUGAUGCAAAUGAUGCAUUUCACCUUGUGUUUCAACUUACAUAUGACAAAUAAAACUAUUCUUUCUUCUUUGAGAUCUUAUUGACAGUGAUAUGAGUGAUAUGGAUAGAAUGAAUGCAUGCAGGUUUUUGCCUCUUCAGUUGGGUAAGACUAGAACUAACGGUCAUAAGUUUAGGAUGAAAUGAAAGGUGAAAUGUUUAAGGAGAACCUGAGGGAAACUUUUUCACUCAGAGGGUGGUGAGAGUGUAGCAAGUGCAGCUAGAAGAAGUGGUAAACGUGGUUCAAUUGUAACAUUUAAGAAACUUUGGAAAGGUAGACAGAUGAAGUGGGUUCGGAGGACUAUGGUCCAGAUGCAGGUAAACGGGAUGAGGCAGAAGAUCAAGUCAGCACAGACUAGAUGGGAUGAAGGGCCAGUUUGAAUGCCCUAUUACUCUAUGGCUCCAUGAUAUUUGUGAUAUCUAGUGAAGUACCUUGAAGAGAACUGUCAGAUGAUUCCAGUGAUGUGUAUCCUUCCACUGAGGGCUGCUAGAUUAAUAAGCCCCUGUAAAUUGCCUCUACUGUGUAGGUGAGUGAUGGAAUUUGAGUGGAGGGUAAAACGGGAUGAGUGCAAGUGGAUGCUUGGUGCUCAAGGCAGAUUUAGUGAGCUGAGAGGCCCUUUUCUAAGUGCUAAAUGACCCUACGAUAAAGUAGAUAGCAGGAAGUAAGCAGGGAACCUUGUUGCUGCAAAGCAGUCGACACUUUCAGGAAAAUCGGCAUUUCUCAGUUUUCACUCUUCACUCUCUCUGCAUACAAUCAAAAGUAGAACGUAAAGAAAUAGGUUUUCUAAUAAUGCACAUCUGUGUAAAGGCAGUCACUUGGGUAAGAUGUACUGCAGAGUUGGUGCAAUUUAUGGUUUGCACAUGAAGGGCCAGAAGGGCCUAUAAAUAAAUAUGAAUUUUUACCGAGGUGCUACAAUGCUAAUCAAUGAGAUCAUACUAAUGACAACCUCUAUUUCUUGUAAGCCCUCAUAUUACAGCAUAAAUUAAAGAACUGUGAAGGUAAUACUCUGCUUGCUCUGUGGUCUGCAAGCUUGUGCCUUUUUCUUCAUUCCCCCUCCUACUUUUCUAUCCCGUUCUUUGUCCUUUACAAGCCAUCAGUAGAAUGUUUUAAAUGCUUUUAAGACUAUCUGGUUAUGAUACAGUAUGUCGUAACACUCACACACUCCCAUUCCAUAGCGUUUUCUUCACUAUUCAAUCUUCUGCUCAGCUUCCUUUGAACAAACUUCUGUCCUAAAAUUCCGUUUAUAAGUCAUGCUCUAGUUUAUAAGCAUUUAGAGAUCUUAGCAAAACCUACAAUAUGCUUAAAGCAGAAGUACUAUAAACUUUUUUAUUGUUUAUUAUAAAAUAAUAAUUUUGGAUUUGUAAAAUUUCUUUCCAUGCAGUAAAUUACAUUGAAUCAACUUUGUAUUAAUGAGUAAAAUAAAUGCAACAAUAUGA